AUGGUAUCAACCAACAUAAGAAAUGAUCAAUCAUCUCUUCUUGUCCUGAUAAGUCACAUUUCAGUUGACCCUAUACAAAUCUUGGCAAAAAACUGGUCUGUUUCCUCUUCUGUUUGUGACUGGAUUGGAGUUACCUAUGGCUCUCGUCAUCACAGAGUGACCGCCCUAGACAUUUCGCACUUGGGGCUUACCGGCAUCUUACCAUCACACCUAGGAAACCUGCCAUUUCUUGUUUGUCUUAAUACGAGUAGGAACAGUUUCCAUGGAGGAUUGCCGAAUGAAUUUCCUCGGUUGCGCCGACUAAAGGUACUUGAUUUAGGCUAUAACAGACUUUCUGGAGAAAUUCCUGAGUGGAGUGGUUCAUUUCCUAAACUUCAAUACUUGUCCCUCAGAGACAACAGUUUCACUGGCCUAAUCCCGCCUUCCAUUUCGAACAUGUCAAAUCUGAGAAGUUUAUACCUUUCAAACAACUCUCUUGAAGGUAACAUUCCGGGAGAGAUCUUCAACAUUUCCUCACUGGAAAUGAUUUCGUUGGGAGAUAAUCGCUUAUCUGGAAGUCUUCCAAAUUAUAUGUGUGCCCAUCUUCCGAGACUAAGAGUCAUUGCCCUAUCAAAGAAUGAAUUGAGUGGUCCAAUACAAUCAAGCUUAGUCCAGUGUUCAGAACUUCAGGUUGUGUCCUUUUCGUUCAACAAGUUUAGUGGAACCAUACCAAAACAACUUGGGAAGCUGAAGAAACUUGAGCUAAUAUACUUCUCCAGGAACAAAUUAGUAGGUGAAAUUCCAAAACAGCUUGGAAAUUCAACCAUGCUCCAAUUCUUGGACUUAGCUGAAAACCACCUGACAGCAAGCAUGCAAAUCAAGGACUAUGCCACGCCAUUGCCCCAUAUCUCAUUGACGGAUGAAAGGGGAGGGCCUCAAUCAAAGAGCUUGUCGCUACAUGUGUAUAAACCAGCUGUUGGGGCGCUCGCCGAAUCUUUUAUACCUCUUGAAGGAUGCUUUCAUCCCGAAAAUUGGACUAGCAAGUGUUCUAAGGAAGUGGUGGCACCAUCGACUUUCUCCACUACCUCGAGGGAAGAAGAAGUGGUCGUAUUAAACUCGUCACUUCACAAUGGAGAUCCAGAAAUAGCCAAAUUCACGCUUCCGUUCGUGGGAUUCAAUGUUGACAAAGCUACAUGA